CGCGUUUUCUUCCUUGCUUCCUUCCUUCCUGCAGCCUCGGCCCUUCUGCCGUGAAAAAGGAAGAUGAGAAGCGGCUCCGGUGUCGGCGGCGGACACUGAACCGACACCGAACCGAACCGAGUCCAAGAGCGGCGGAAUGGCGGAGCAGCGGCCCCUGACCCCCCGGAACCAGAGCCCCGACGCGCGGACCCGACCUUGAAGGCGCCGGAGCCCCGGGAGGAGCCGAGCACCGGAGGAGCGGGUGGAACUGCAGCCUGCCGGGCCGAGCCGGACCGAGCCGGGACCAGCCAGGCCGAGCCGAGCCGAGCCGGGCCGGGCCGGGACCAGCCGUCGGAUCCUGCCCCGCUCAUGUAGGUGCGGGUCUCCAUUCGAACCCAGACCAGACCAGUCCGCCCCACUUUAGGUGAUCAUGGAGCGUUCAGACUCCAUCCAGUUGGACAUCCCAGACUUCUCCAACUCGGUUCUGUCUCAUCUGAACCAGUUGCGUGUCCAGGGCCGUCUGUGCGACAUCGUGGUCAACGUUCAGGGUCACAGUUUCCGGGCCCAUAAGGUGGUCCUGGCCGCCAGCUCUCCGUACUUCCGGGACCACAUGUCCCUGUCCCAGAUGAGCACGGUGUCCCUGACGGUGAUCCGGAACCCGUGCGUGUUCGAGCAGCUGCUGUCCUUCUGCUACACCGGCCGCCUGGUCCUGCAGCUGGCGGACAUCAUCUCCUACCUGACGGCCGCCAGCUUCCUGCAGAUGCAGCACAUCAUCGACCGCUGCACGCAGAUCCUGGAGGGCAUCCACCUGAAGAUCAGCCUGGCGGACCUGGACCCGGACCCGGACCCGCACGAGCCGGACCCCCGGGACCACGAGGCCCGCGGGACCAGGACCGGACGCACCCUGGAGGCCGCCGUACGAGGAGGAGGGGCUCACCACGGCGGCCUGCGCAUCCUGGGCCCGCGGGGGGGUGGGGGCGGCGAGGCCCGCGAAGCCCUCAGCCCCACAGAGGAGCCCCUCAGCCCCCCCCCCGCGGAGCACGGCGGGACGGAGGGGCCCGGCGCCGCCAGGACCAAAGAGCCUGUCCUGAGGAUCAACCGGGCCGGGCAGUGGUACGUGGAGACCAGCAGCGAACCGGAACGGACCGGCAGCGCCGAGGAGGGGGGGGGUCUGGUGGACGGAGUCCGCAUCAAGACAGAGAGGAUGGACGAGUGGACGGGGGCGGAGCACCAGGACGAGGGUGGGGCAGAGGAGGGGACCACCGUCAUGAUUGACACGUCAGGACGCAGCACGCUGGUGACGGCGCCGGUUGGAGGAGCCUUAGGGGGGCGGAGCAUCCAACCGUCCAGCAGCUUCAGCGAGACAGACAGGUUCAGUCCUACUGGCAGUGUGGUCGUCCUCUCCGAUCGUCAGAGAGCGAAGAGUGAAUCUCCGAGCCGAGUGGACGAGCUGAGACAGCCCAGCUCCCAGGGGGAGGAGCACGCGGCCUUCGAUAUGGGCGGUUACGAGGACUACCUGAGGGAGCAGGUGGGCGACCGCUGGUACCGCUACAACCCCCGCCUCACCUGCAUCUACUGCUGCAAGUCGUUCAACCAGAAGGGCAGCCUGGACCGCCACAUGCGUCUGCACAUGGGCAUCACGCCGUUUGUCUGCCGCAUCUGCGGGAAGAAGUACACCCGCAAAGACCAGCUGGAGUACCACAUCCGCAAGCACACGGGCAACAAGCCCUUCCACUGCCACGUCUGCGGGAAGAGCUUCCCCUUCCAGGCCAUCCUCAACCAGCACUUCCGCAAAAACCACCCGGGCUGCGCGCCGCAGGAGGCCCACAGCGCCUCCCCCGAGACCACCACCGCCUCCGUCACGUCCAGGGGGGGGCCCAGCGAUGAGGCCUCCCCCAGCCAGGAGGAGCCCGAGGGUGGGGGCGGUGGCCAGUACGGCGAGGGUCCGCAGGCCUCGGUGUCCACGACAGGACCCGACUGA